UGCUCGCGCAAGUCUGGCGGAUCCUGCCUGGCAACUGCAGGGCAGACUCAAGAGCUGGAGGCAAGGGCUCCUUUCGCUUCCCGCGGCCAUGGAGCGGCUGACGUUGCCUCCUGGCGGCGCAGAGGCAGUGGACGAGUACUUGGAGUACCGGAGAAUUGUUGGUGAGGACGAUGGAGGGAAACUUUUUACUCCUGAAGAAUAUGAAGAAUACAAGAAAAAAGUUUUACCCAUGCGUUUACAGAACAGAUUGUUUGUGAGUUGGCGGUCACCAACAGGAAUGGAUUGCAAACUUGUUGGCCCAGAGACAUUGUGUUUUUGUACCCAUAGGUAUAAACAGCACAAAACUGACUUUGAAACGAUUCCACAGCAGCGUCCCAUUGCUCUGCCGUGCCGAGUGAGUGGUUGCCGGUGCAAGGCUUACCACUAUGUUCCUCUGAAUGGUACCCAGCCUAUUCGCUGCCGGUGCAAACACUUUGCUGACCAGCACAGUGCUGCCCUUGGCUUCACAUGCAAUGCCUGCUCCAAGUGCUCGGGCUUCCACAGCUGCUACACUUGUGCCUGUGGCCAGCCAGCAUAUGCCCACGAUACAGUGGUGGAAACUCAGCAAGAAAGGCUGGCUCAGGGAAAACCCGUAGGACGGGAUGUUCCUUAUGCGGCAAUGGGAGGUUUAACUGGUUUCAGCUCCCUGGCAGAAGGCUACAUGCGCUUAGAUGACAGUGGCAUCGGUGCACCCUCGGUUGAGAUUUUGGACUCUGCGGUUUCGGCCAUGGACCAUCCAUUCCUAAGAGCCAUGCACACACCAUCUACUUCUUCUCCACAGCCACUAGCAGGUGGUAAUGAAGUAGGUCCAAGCACUCAGAUUUCUUCCUUAAGGAAACCUGAAGAGGAUGAUAUGGCGUACUUUGAAAGACAGUACCAGGAAAGGAUAAAACUGGAAAAGGCUGCUAAGCAGAAAGGAAAAGCUCCACGGCUGCCGAGCACAGAGCCGUUGUGAAGUCUGGUGAACAGAUGCAGCAACAUCCAGACGUAUCUCCUAUUUAAGUUUAUUUUCUCUCAUAUAUGUACUUCCUUAUCGUGUAAAUAUGUCCUUUUGAAUUUUGCUUAGCUUAUUGAAACAAGUGAAAUGAAUUUUUAUUUUUUGUCAGAACUCAUGACUUAAAUAAAGCGCUUUAUAUGCCUUUUAAAGAUGUCUAUUGGGUAGCGCAGCCUGGCAUUGGAAUCAUGGUUCUCUUGCCUCAGUGUGUGUAUGCUCUUUCUCUCUCUCUCAGCAAGUUUUAUGUUAUUUUUAUGUGAUUCAAACUUGAAAGUACAAUAAUAUUUUUAGUUUAUCAUAAUUUAACUUUUUUAGUCUACCUAAAAAAUUAAGGAAAUUAUUAAAGGUUUUAAAC